CCCAGCUCUCCAGCUCUACCUGAACUCGAAGUGAGCAGAAAACCCAACAAUCGAACUACAAUCCCCCCACACCGCGACCACCACUGCCGCCGCCACCGACCACCACUAGCACCACUACCACCACCAUCGCCGCUGUAUGGGUGCAUCGGAGUCAACCCUCUCAAGCUCACAGAGACUGGGCGAUGAAAUCACCACCGUCUCCGAGAAAUCAGAAGGCGUAGAUGUUAUCCUAGAGAGGCUCAGAUCUCUGAAAAUCACAACUCCAAUACUGACAUCGCCUCCAACGGAAACUAGUUUGACGGACAUUCUAGUGAGAAAACCAUCUUCUUCUUCUUCGGCUCCUGGGACGGUAAAUCCGAAGGUGCUUCUAGAACUUUUCUCCACGUAUCGUGAUUGGCAGGAGGCAAAGGCCCAGAAUAUUAGUAAGAAACAGGAAGAGAUAGAAAACAAAAUAGAAGUAGCCGAUGCUCUGUCUGUUAAACUCCUUCAACGUUUUAAUUACUCGGUCUCAGCUAUGAAGACAACUUCGCAUCAUCUAUCAGGAGUCCAUGCAUUGCAGGUGGAACUCGGGGAACUGAAGGGAAGGUUGACUGAGGUAAUUAGUAAUUGUGAUGCAUUAUGCAAGAGAAUUGAUACACAGGGACCAGAAACGCUUCGAUCAUCCAUCAAGCCAUUUGCAGUAGCUUCUGUAGACUCCGAAAUCAGCUGUAGCUCACUUUCUCAACAAAUAGCGUUACAAAGUCGUCCAUCUGCCACAGAAGCCAAGUUAGACUAAUUUCCACAUUUUUGUUAUCUUCUUCCUAUUCUAUUUUUCACAGAAGCCAAGUUAGACUAACUUCGACAUUUGUUUCUUCUUCCUUGUAUAGUAAAUUUGGAGAAAUUAUUACAUUGUCGGGGCUAAAUGGUCCGACCAAUCACAAUGUGUUAGUCUUAUAAAGAUUUUUACUUGUGUCUAGUUGUAAUUGUUCGGGACCACAUAGUUUCGGACCAGGUAAUAAUUUCUUGUGAAUUUAACUCUUGCUUUGUAGAAAUUGAGGUUAUACUCAGUUCACUGAGUAUUGCAGAAUAUAAUGUCAUAGAUGUUUUUUCUUUGCAUUGCA